AUUCAAUUAGCUUGUGCCAUGGCAUUGAAAACACGAAAAUAAAUCUACUAGCGCAGUCUAGAGCCAACUCACCUUACUCAUAACACAAUAAUAUUAUGAAUUAAAAUGUUUCACUUAAAGUGCUUGGUUAUGAUCUCUUUGUUAAACAUUGUGAGCUGCUAUAAUAUACUUGGUGUGUUUCUGCAUCCUGGAAAGAGUCAUGUUGAUGUUUUUUUGCCUCUGAUGAAGGAGUUGGCUGAUAGAGGGCACUAUGUGACUGUGUUAAGCCAUUAUAAGUUAAAAGUUCCAAUAGAUAGAUACACUGAUAUAGACUUGGUUGGGGAAGUAACACCCAUGAAGGAAGUAGUAGAUAUGCAAGAAAUAGCAGAUAAUAAGUUUUCUAGCUUCAGGGAAGCUAUUCUACUAGGUGAAAUGGCUAAUAUAUCAUGUGAAACGAGCCUUAAAAUGCCGGGCGUACAAGAUUUAAUACGCAAAAAGAAACAACACAACUUUGAUAUUAUUGUAUCAGAGUUCUUCAACUCUGACUGUCACAUAGGCUUUCAUUUACUCUUCCAAGCACCUCUGAUAGGUAUAACCUCUUCCACAUUGAUGCCAUGGACCUCCAAAAGGGUUGCCAACCCUUCAAACCCGUCAUACAUCCCUAACAACCUUAUGAGAUACUCUGAUGUAAUGACUUUUGGCGAUAGGGUUCUGAAUACUAUAGCUUACAUCUGGCAUCAAUUUUACUUCGAUGUUUUUAUAAAUGCCAAUGAUCAAAGGUUAAUAAAUAGCUAUUUUAACAGAAGAAUGCCCAGUAUUAAGGAAGGAAUUUACAAUGUUAGCCUAGUUUUGACCAACACACAUUUUUCAUUGAAUCUACCCAGACCUUUGGUCCCUAAUGUGGUUGAGAUUGGCGGAAUACAUAUUGGAAAAGCAAAAAAAGUACCAAAGAACAUUGAAAAGUGGAUUGACGGAUCUUCGGACGGUGUGAUUUACUUCAGCUUAGGUUCUAUGAUCAAAGGCCACACUUUCCCCACUGACAAGCGUAAAGAAUUCCUGAAGGCCUUCGGAAAAUUGUCGCAAACUGUUUUGUGGAAAUGGGAGAAUGAAACCAUGGAAGGAAAACCAGACAACGUCAUGAUACAGAAGUGGAUGCCCCAAUUUGAUAUCUUAUGUCACCCGAACGUAAAAGCCUUUAUUUCGCACGGCGGUCUUUUGGGCGUGACUGAAGCAGUUCACUGUGGUGUACCAGUUAUAGUGAUGCCUCAAUUUGGUGACCAAUUUACAAACGCGAAAGCCCUGGAAUCUGUGGGUGGCGGAGUAAUUCUGCAUCUCAGCGAGGCCACCGAAGAAUCCAUAAGCAAAGCGUUAAAGAAAGUGCUAUCCUCAAAGUUCCGCCAACAAGCCAAGGAGUUAUCUGAAAGGUUCAGAGACAGACCCAUGUCCCCUAUGGACACAGCCAUAUAUUGGGUGGAGUAUGUUGCUCGACACAAGGGGGCGCCACAUAUGAGAACCGCAGCUGUCAAUAUGCCCUUUUACCAAUACUAUUUAUUAGAUGUGAUAUCCUUCCUUAUUUUAAUUGUUUCUUUGACUCUUUAUAUCGUUGUUUAUGUUUUAAAAACAAUGCUGAAAUUGUUCCUAAGCAGCAGUAGGAAGGUAAAGAUAAAUUAAUACAAAUUUUAUAGACUGUUUUAUUUAGUUUUUAGAUAAAUAUACCACAUAUUCAUAA